AUGGUUAAAUCAUUGUUCAAUAUUUGUUUGGCAGCUACGUGCCAGCAUAACUUAUAUGGAUAUUUGGCUGAUUUGCCAACAUCUUGUAAACAGCGUUUGCUCGAAUUCUUUAGCUCACAUGACCAGUUAUUUUUAUCAGAAUGCGCUCAACUUGUAUCAUCACCUUCAUUUGGAAGAAAUCUUACGGAAUUACGUUUUUAUCUGAGCGAUCAAGUGACUGAUAGUGUUCUGGAAGCCAUUGCGGCUCAUAAUCGUGCACUUCAACAAAUUGCAAUUAUUUUUUGUCAAAACAUCACUGACAAGUUAACGACUCUAUUUUCUCGAAGUUUAUUUAAAGGUAUUCGUGCAAUAACAAGUGGACAACGAAAAAUCGAGAAAUUGGAAUUUAGAGCUUUGAAGAAGCUUACAUCAAAUGGUUUAUCACUGAUAAAGUCAAAUUUCUUACACACAGUCGAUCUAAGUUCUUGCAUAAAGAUCAAAAGCGAUGGGAUCUAUCAGCUUGUUUAUUUAAAUCGUAACAUUCACUGUUUGUAUUUGAAUAGCUGCAGAGGUCUAAAUGAUCAAGCACUUUAUGAUAUCGCACACUAUCUCGGAGAAAAAUUAUCUGUUUUGGAGUUGGAUUUUUUACCAAAUGUAAUCGAUCCAUCUUCUGCUCUAUUUUAUUUGAGUCGUAAUUGUCCAAACAUCAAGCAGUUAUCGCUUUGUCGUUUUUUCGAGGUAGGGAGAGAGCUUACACUAAUGCCUGAAUACAGAAUUGCUGGUGUAGGACUGCGUGAUGUUGAUUUACAUGGGAACUAUUUUUUCACUUUACCUCUCUUACCACCAACGGUAAACAGAAUACGGUUGUCAGUAUGCGGCGAUGAGGACGUGAAUAGUUUAAUUGAUCGUUUGGAGAUGUUACCUCAACUGACGAGUAUUCAUCUACAGAUGAACUGCAAGGAACCAAGCUGGCGAUGUGUAGAAGAUGCUAAUUCAUUUCUACGUUCUAUCUUGCCUUAUAUUGGAAGCAAAAUAACGCGGCUUCAUAUAUCGCUGCCAACGAUUAUUGAUGGUGUCUUCAGUUUGAUAACACAGUGUCUACCAAAUUUAAGUCAUUUGGCACUUGACGUCAAGCACAUCAACAACAAACUACUGCGGUUAUUCUUUACUGGUGGAAUUCAUUCGCCAGGUUCAAGAUUGCGAUCGCUGAAACUUUGCCGUCUUCGAACAACUUACAGAGCUUUGUUUGCGAUUGCGCGUGGCGCACAUUCAAUCACGGACUUAGAGGUGUCGCACAUCCCUUGUGUUGAUGAUCGCUUCUUGGCUUUAUUAGCAGAUAAUUGCAUGGGUUUGAAAAAUAUUAAUUUGAAUGGUUGUAGAUAUGUCACCGACAAAGGACUUGCUGCCUUGGCGCGGAAGUGUUGUUUAAAGGAAGUGCGAAUUCGUGCAACGUCAUGUACAGACAAGUCAAUAUAUUUGCUGGCGCAGUUUUGUCCUGACCUUGAAUGGAUAUCACACGCUGAUUUUAGCGGACGUCCAAAGUUCAGUGAUAAAGCAUUACAGUGUCUCAAAGAUUCCUGUGUGCAAAGGGUUAUUUGUUGA